AUGUCCAGGAGCUGGCGGUGGCCUACCAAAGUACAACAGGAGUUCAGAUUUGUUUCAAAGUCCCUUUCACACAUUGGGCAGGUCAUGUGUCCCCAGUCUGGUUCAGUGGAAAAAGAGAUGGGGGUUUUCUCCAAAGGACAAGUUCAAAUGUCUGCUACUGUUAACACAAAGGUGUGCUCUCCAGGUGACACUUUAUCUGUUGUUGCCAAAAUCUGCAACUCCUCUUCCAAAAAAAUGAAGCCCAAAUUCAGUUUACAGCAGAAAACAGUGUACCGUGCCAGUGGUUCCACUAACCCCAGUGAAAAAAGUCUUUGCAAAAUGGUUGGGGAGACUAUCGCCGUGAAUUCAGAGGAAACUGUGUCCUGCCAACUGGAGAUUCCUGAUGAUGUCACCCACAGUCUCCAUAAUUGUGAAUUAAUCUCAGUUGAACAUUUCCUCAAGGUGUAUUUGGACAUCAGUUUUGCUACUGACCCAGAGGUGGUGUUCCCACUGGUCAUCGUUCCUCCUAGCUUUGUCCCCCCUCAGCCUGGGGAGGCUGUGGGGCCUUACUGUGCUGCAGGGGCCCCAAUUAACAAUGACUUCCCUCCCCCUGCCUUCCCUAUGUGACCUUAUCCUGUGUCCUCAGGUUUAGGCGCUUAUGCUGUAGCAUAAGGUGGUUACGAUGAGCACCAAUGCAUGCUAUUAUGACAAUGCCAGUAACUAGUUAGUACUUCUCACUCAGCUUACAGACACGCUCAGCAUGUCAGAGUGUUGUACCGUCUAUAUUCACGCGUCUGUGCUCAUUAAUACCCAGCACUAGAUCCAACUCAAUACGCAAACAUAAGACGGAUAAAUAGAGUUCUGUAUUAAUCCUGGUGGGAAAUUUUACUGUUGUAGCAGUAUUGAAGAAAAGAUAAAAGCAACAUAAUAUAGCCUACAACACUUAGCAACAAUUAUUAUGGACCCAUAACAUGAAUAACAAGUUUUACUGUACAUAAAAAAUGGCUGUGAUAACCUGUGGCCACAUCAGGCUGCUUCAUAUGCUUUUCCACUGCAGCUUUGUGCAGCUUUAAACCCAGAUACUGCUCCAUCUCUGCUUCAACAAUAGUAUUUGUAAAACAUUUGGUGUUACAAAUGUGUAACUGUGCUCUAUAUUUGUACUACUGUUUAACAUUUUUA